CCUUUAAGCUAGAGGGAAUCCGUAACCUAAGCCAUGCCAUGUCCAUGGCCAUUACCCCCGUCUGCGUAUAAAUUUCAUCUCCUUCCUUCCAGAAGCUUCUCUAUUCCGUUAAGCCACGCUAACAGAACCAAACUUAAAAUUCAUUUUCACAUUGCUGCCAGCGAAGCAGAGAGAGAAAAACUAGAGCCAGAAACAGAGACUAACAGAGAAAGAGAGAAAUCGAACACCACACCAUCGUCUUCAUGGCAGUUAGGUUCCUCGAAAUGGUGGAUCCCUACGUUCUUGGAUGGAUCGUAUGCUCUGUGCUUAGUCUCGUUGCGCUCCACAGUUUGGUUUUCGCACGGAGGAGCCGUUGCGCUUCAUCUGAGGCCGCCGUUACGUGCGCCGAUAACAUAACCACCGCCGCCGGAGAAUGCAGAUCCUUGAACCGUGACGGAGACGUUGACGUCAUCAUUGUAGGAGCCGGUGUUGCUGGCUCCGCUCUCGCUCACACUCUCGGCAAGGAUGGACGUCGAGUUCUUGUAAUCGAAAGAGAUCUGAGUGAACCAGACCGAAUUGUUGGAGAGUUGCUGCAACCUGGUGGCUAUCUCAAAUUAAUUGAGCUGGGACUUGAAGAUUGCGUAGAAAAAAUUGAUGCUCAGCAAGUGUUUGGUUAUGCUCUUUUCAAGGAUGGAAAACACACACGACUCUCCUAUCCCUUGGAUAAGUUUCACUCGGAUGUAGCUGGAAGAAGCUUUCACAAUGGGCGUUUUAUUCAGAGGAUGAGAGAGAAGGCUACCUCCCUUCCCAAUGUACGAUUGCAACAAGGAACUGUUACGUCCCUACUUGAAGACAAGGGGAUAAUUAAAGGUGUGCACUACAAAACGAAAGAUAGUCAAGAAUUAUCAGCAUGUGCACCUCUUACCAUUGUUUGUGAUGGUUGUUUCUCAAACUUACGCCGAUCUCUUUGUAAUCCUAAGGUAGAUGUUCCCUCUUGUUUCGUUGGCUUAGUUUUGGAGAACUGUGAACUUCCUUGCGCAAAUCAUGGCCAUGUCAUACUGGGAGAUCCUUCGCCAGUUCUGUUCUAUCCUAUAAGUAGUACAGAAAUUCGCUGUCUGGUUGAUGUUCCCGGUCAGAAGGUUCCAUCUAUUUCCAAUGGUGAAAUGGCAAAUUAUUUGAAGAGAGUUAUAGCUCCACAGGUUCCCCCUGAGCUUCACGAGGCUUUCAUAGCUGCAGUGGACAAAGGCAAUAUCAGGACAAUGCCAAAUAGAAGCAUGCCAGCGGCUCCUUAUCCUACUCCCGGAGCCCUACUGAUGGGAGAUGCAUUCAACAUGCGCCAUCCUCUAACAGGGGGUGGAAUGACCGUGGCAUUAUCUGAUAUAGUGUUGCUGCGAAAUCUUCUCAGGCCAUUGCGUGACCUGAAUGAUGCAUCCAGCCUUUGCAAAUACCUUGAAUCAUUUUAUACCUUGCGCAAGCCUGUGGCAUCCACUAUAAAUACGUUGGCUGGAGCCCUUUACAAGGUCUUUUGCGCAUCACCUGAUCCUGCGAGGAAGGAAAUGCGUCAAGCUUGCUUCGAUUAUCUUAGUCUUGGAGGUCUAUUCUCAGAAGGGCCAGUCUCAUUACUAUCAGGAUUAAACCCUCGGCCCUUGAGCCUGGUUCUCCAUUUCUUUGCUGUUGCAAUAUAUGGGGUUGGCCGUCUACUGCUACCGUUUCCUUCCCCUAAACGGAUAUGGACUGGACUUCGAUUAAUUUCUAGUGCAUCUGGAAUCAUCUUGCCCAUAAUUAAGGCUGAAGGAGUCCGUCAGAUGUUCUUUCCUGCAACUGUUUCAGCUUACUAUAGAAAUCCUCCGGCUGCUUAAAAAUUGAAUAUCAGUGAAUACCUCUUCUCCACUCAAGGUGUUAUCAAGAUGAGCUUUUUUCAUUCUUCAGAAAUCUAUAGGGUUCUAUUAAGACAUCUGUAAACAUUAUGGCUUUCGUGUGAAUUCUUUGUAGAGUCAAUUUUAAAUUGCGUGUUAGAUUUUAUAGCUU